CGUUUGAGAUUACACCCAUUAUGAGAUAGAGCGCAUCUAGAGAAAGUGGGGAGUGUGAUCAGGGAAGUGUGUGUGAAGUAAUUCAUUAGGCAUAAUACAAAAGGCAAGCAUCUCGUACGUGUGUCCUUCAGAGAGAUGGCCAUGCACCACGCACCCACCAGGGCUUUUGCUUUUGGCCUUCUGGGCAACAUCGUUUCCUUCAUAACCUUUCUUGCUCCUCUGCCCACUUUCUAUGGAAUUUACAAGAGAAAAUCGACGCAAGGGUUUCAGUCAAUUCCAUACGUGGUAUCGCUUUUGAGUGCGAUGCUUCUGCUGUACUACGGACUGGUUAAGAAGGAUACACUCCUCAUCACCAUCAAUGGAAUCGGCUGCGUCAUUGAGACUGCUUACGUGGCUGCUUACCUCAUCUAUGCCUCAAAGAAUGAUAGGACGAUGACCUUGAAGCUUUUCCUGAGCAUGAACGUAUUGGGGUAUAGUGCGGUACUCUUUACCACUUUCUUCCUAUCAAAAGGAGCAAAUCGCGCACGGAUUAUUGGAUGGAUUUGCAUGACAUUCUCUCUAGGCGUAUUUGCCGCUCCACUUUGCAUCGUUAGAAAAGUCAUAAAAACCAAGAGCGUGGAGUUCAUGCCAAUAACUCUAUCAUUCUUUCUCACGCUUGGUGCAAUCAUGUGGUUCUUCUAUGGCUUUCUCCACAAAGACAACUUCAUUGCUGUGCCAAACGUGUUGGGAUUUGUAUUGGGAGUGGUUCAGCCGGUGCUUUAUGCAAUAUACAGGAAGAACGCAAAGAAAGUGGUAGUGGAGCCUAAUUUGCAGCUGCAGGAAUUACGGGAAGAGAUCAUUGACGUCGUGAAGCUGAGCGCAGCCGUGUGUCAAGAACUGAACCCGGUGUUAGCUGCACAGUUGAAGGACGUCCUCAAAGAUAGUGUUGGCGAAGAUGACCAAAUCGUCGAGAUGCCUUCCAAAGCAAUCAAGGCAUGA